AUUCAAUUAGCACUAAUGAUGAUAAACCAUUUUUUCCCUUUUUGUUUUAAUUUUAGAAAAACUGUUUAUAGUUCUUUAUUGAAAUCAUCAGAUGUAGGGUUCAAGUUCACACUGACGUAUUGUUAUUGGGAUGUGUGUGAGACUUCAAGACUUGAAACUGCUUCGAAAUUCUCUAUCAGGAGUUAUACACUUCUCACAGGAGAGAUCAAUGUUUCCCAUGAAGAGGCAUUAGACAUCUUAAAGGUUGCUUGGCAUAGAAAGGGGAUGGAUGUGAAGUCACCUCAAAUUGGUAGCCUUCUUGCUGGUGCAAAGACAGCAUGGGAUUUACUUUGUGAAGAAAAGACUGUGAAACACAUUAUUACGUCCUGUGCGGAUUUAGAUUUGAUUUUGGGUGGGGGCAUUAAUUGCAAGGAAGUUACUGAAGUUGGUGGUGUACCAGGUAUUGGCAAAACACAGCUUGGGAUUCAACUUGCAAUCAAUGUGCAGAUUCCUAAAGUGUAUGGUGGGCUUGGUGGGCAAGCAGUGUACAUUGACACAGAAGGGAGCUUUAUGGUUGAGCGUGUUAUUCAGAUCGCAGAAGCAUGCAUACAGAGACUAAAAGGCAUGUCUUGCUCUAAUGUAAGGAAGGAAGAAGAAGAUCAUAGAAAACUACAUGUUGAUGACUUCUUGUCGAACAUCUUCUAUUUUCGUGUUUGCAACUACACUGAACAAAUUGCUGCAGUAAAUCACAUGGAUAAGUUUGUCGAAGAACAUAAAGAGGUCAAGAUCAUAAUAGUCGACAGUGUAACCUUUCAUUUCCGGCAAGAAUUUGAAGAUUUGGCCCUCAGGACUCGUCUUCUUGGUGGAAUGGCACAGAAGCUAAUGAAACUAGCUGUCAAAUAUGAUAAUGCUGUUGUUCUAAUAAAUCAAGUGACAAUGAAAGUUAGUGGAGGUUCAUUCCAACUAGCUCCCGCUUUAGGUGAGACUUGGUCCCAUGCUUGUACAAAUAGACUUAUUUUAUACUGGAAUGGUAACAGCCGUUCUGCCUAUAUAGACAAAUCACCAUAUUUGCAAUCAGCUUCAGCUCCUUUCUUGAUUACACCUGAGGGCAUAUGUAAUGUAGGAUGUAACAAAAGUAUCAAGAUGCCACAAUGAUUUUUUGCCGGUCUUGAAUACAAUUUUGACCUUAGUAAUGUUUACUUGGUUAUUAUUCAAAUAUUUGGUAGACUCCUACAAAUUUAUUUUUCUUUAAAUAAACAUUUUUUUCAGAUCUUUAUCUU